AUGGAUGCCACGCUCUCCGUUCUCAAGGAUUACUUCGGGUUUAUGAGUUUUCGACCUUAUCAGCAAGAGGCUAUUGAGAAAAUUAUUGAGAAAAGGGAUUGCUUGGUAGUUAUGGCUACUGGUAGUGGCAAGUCAUUGUGUUAUCAAGUGCCUCCGUUGGUUGUGAAAAAGACUGGGAUAGUUGUAAGCCCUUUAAUAUCAUUGAUGCAAGAUCAGGUUAUGGCUUUGAAACAGCGAGGUGUCAAAGCUGAAUAUCUUUCGAGUGCUCAGAAGGAUUAUACUAUUCAGGGUAAAGCUGAGCGUGGUCAAUUUGACAUUCUGUUUAUGACUCCUGAGAAGGCAUGCACAAUUCCUACCAGUUUCUGGUCCAACUUGCUAAAGGAAGGAAUUAGUCUUUUUGCUGUUGAUGAAGCACAUUGUGUAUCAGAAUGGGGGCAUGACUUUAGGGUAGAAUACAAGCAGUUAGACAAGUUACGUGGUGUUCUGUUAGAUGUUCCUUAUGUUGGUCUAACUGCAACGGCUACUGAAAAGGUUCGGUUUGACAUCACCAAUUCCUUGAAGAUGAAUAAUCCUUACAUUGUUGUUGGUUCAUUUGAUCGCCCAAAUCUUUUCUAUGGUGUCAAGCAAUUUAACCGAGGACAAUAUUUUAUUGACGAGGUUGUUGAAGAAAUUCCAAAAGAAGUUGCUAAUGGUUCAACUAUUAUUUACUGCACAACAAUCAAAGAUGUAGAACAGAUAUAUAAGUCAGUAAUGAACGUCGGUAUAAAUGCUGGAAUGUACCAUGGCCAAAUGGAUGGAAAAUCACGAGAGGAGUCUCACAGAUUAUUUGUUAGAGAUGAAAAGCAAGUCAUGGUGGCUACAAUUGCCUUUGGCAUGGGCAUAGAUAAACCUAAUAUAAGAAAAGUGAUUCAUUAUGGCUGCCCUAAAAAUCUAGAGUCCUACUACCAGGAAAGUGGGAGAUGUGGUAGAGAUGGUAUAGCUUCUGCUUAUUGGCUUUACUACACAAGAAGUGACUUUUCAAAGGGUGAUUAUUAUGCUGCAGAUUUAAAAUCGGAAAACAAAAAAAAAACGGUUACAGAGUCAUUGCUUGAAGCUCAACGCUAUUGUUUGACGGCAACUUGCAGAAGAAAGUUCUUGCUAGAACACUUUGGAGAAAAAUUUGCAGUUGAUCGAUGUGGAAACUGUGAUAAAUGCACGGUCUUGAGGCAACAUCGUGACAUGUCUAAAGAAGCCUUUCUUCUAAUGGCUUGCAUUCAUUCAUGCAAGGGAAGAUGGGGCCUUAAUAUGUCGAUUGACAUCCUGCGCGGUUCUCGAGCAAAGAAAAUAAUGGAAGCUCAAUAUGACAAGCUUCCACUUCAUGGACUUGGGAAAGCAUACCAAGCAAAUUGGUGGAAAGCACUUGGACAUCAAUUGAUUUCUCUAGGUUAUUUGAAGGAGUUUGUGACUGAUGUGUACAGAAAUGUAAGUGUCAGUUCAAAAGGAGAGCAAUUUUUGGCCUCAUGUAGACCAGACUAUCAACCUCCUUUGGUUUUUCCAUUGGUUGGUGAGCUCGCAGAAGAGGAAACUAGAAGCGCAGAAGAAUUCAAAAUUUUGGCCGCUUCAGAAUCUGAAGGCUGA